GGGGUGGCUCCCUCCCUCCGGGUUGGGGAAGAAGAAGCCUCUUCUCUCCUCCCCUUGCCUUCUCGAACAAAUGGGAUAUUCACGAGGAGCCGCCAGAGGAACUCCUCCUGGCUAGGGCAGCGGUCGCUCGCACGCUGCUUUAUAAAAGCCAGCGGGGACCCCCUGAGCAAAGCCCCGCGCCGUCGACGCUCAGGAGCGGCUCUUGCCCGGACCAGGAGGGGAGGAUGAAAGCAGCCGCCUCGUGCUCCCUGGCCCUGUUGGGACUCUUGCUGGUGGCAGCCGCGCAGCCCUCCAACAACAACCGACAGCCUCAAAGACCGAGGUCUUUUAAAUGUGGUGGAAUACUUACAGGAGUAUCUGGGUUUAUUGGGAGUGAAGGAUUCCCAGGAGUCUAUCCUCCAAACAGCAAAUGUACUUGGAAGAUAACAGUGCCUGAAGGGAAAGUAGUUGUUCUUUCCUUCAGAUUCAUAGACUUGGAAAGUGAUAAUUUAUGCCGAUACGACUUUGUAGAUGUGUACAGUGGCCAUGCAAAUGGACAGCGCCUUGGCAGAUUCUGUGGCACUUUCAAACCUGGUGCUCUUGUGGCCAGCAGCAAUAAGAUGUUGGUGCAAAUGAUUUCAGAUGCCAAUACAGCUGGAAAUGGCUUCGUGGCAAAAUAUUCUGCAGCAGAGCCACAUGAAAGAGGAGAUCAGUACUGUGGGGGACGACUCGAUAAACCUUCUGGAUCCUUUAAAACUCCUAAUUGGCCUGAUCGCGAUUACCCAGCAGGAGUGACCUGUUCAUGGCAUAUUGUAGCUCCAAAAAAUCAGUUAAUAGAGCUGAAGUUUGAAAAAUUUGAUGUGGAGAGAGAUAACUACUGUCGAUAUGACUACGUGGCUGUGUUUAAUGGUGGGGAGAUUAAUGAUGCUAGAAGAAUUGGGAAAUAUUGUGGAGACAGCCCACCAGCGCCUAUUAUAUCAGAGAGGAAUGAGUUGCUUAUUCAGUUCUUGUCUGAUUUAAGCUUAACCGCUGAUGGCUUUAUUGGCCACUACAAAUUCAGACCCAAAAAAUUACCAACAACCACAUCGCCAACUACAACAACUCUCCCUGCCACAACAACUUUGAAGCCUACUGUUGCCCUGUGCUAUCAAAAAUGCAUGAGGAGUGGAACUCUUGAGAGCAAUUACUGUUCAAGUAACUUUGUAAUAACUGGAUCUGUUAUCACAACCAACACCAGAGGUGGAAGCUUGCAUGCAACAAUAGCAAUCAUUAAUGUAUACAAAGAAGGGAAUUUAGCAAUCCAGCAAGCUGGCAAAAAUAUGAGUGCCAAGAUUGUUGUUGUCUGUAAACAGUGCCCUCUUAUCAGAAGAGGUUUAAACUAUGUCAUUAUGGGCCAGGUAGAAGAAGAUGGCAGAGGCAAAAUCCUACCCAGCAGCUUUACUAUGAGUUUCAAGACUAAGAAUCAAAAGAUCCUGAAUGUCUUGAAAAAUAAACAGUGUUAAAACUGAACUCUUGCAGUUGUGCCCUAUCACCUUUCUGUCCUUCAAAAUCUGCCUUCAUACAAACAAAAUUGGGGGAACGGACAUCCGCAAGAACAAAGUACUUUUUGCAUUUCUGCAACUCUAGAAUUCCUAUUGACUGAUUGAUAUUGCAGCUAACGGGGAAAAAAUUAUAUUUCAAAAUUUUCAGCAACACCAGACCAACAUACCAAAUUCUCACUAUAUUGAAGCUCUUAAUUUAUACUUCUCCCAAAAGGAUUUUCUAGAAAUUAUUUAUGUGGUGACAUGAAUACGUGCAAUAUUUAUAAUGCUUUUUUAAUUUGGCUUUUCUGUUUUAUUGCAUAACCAUUUACAAUUAAUAAAAACUUUAAA